UCCACCAACAUCAUUCCUGUUGCUAUACAACUGAUUUAUUCUUGAUGCCACGGUCAGCGGGUCUAAUCCACGGCAGACUGCGCCUUUCCUCUCCGCGCUCCACGCCUGAGGCAGGAUACAGCCAACUUGUCGGGGCUGGAUGACAGUUUAUUUCCUCUCCAAUUUCUCCACUUGGUCGGCUCCCGGUGUCUUUUCAGCCACUUAACCCAGAUUCAACAAUUGGCGGAUCUGUUGAGACGGUUUUUUUUCCCCCCCGUCUCCAAAAAGACGCGCCGGUGUGCGGCUGUGCGCACAGCGGAUCGGGCUCCGGCGCAAAGCGCGUCCAUUCCCCGCGCAGCCGGGCGUCCUGUCUGACUGUCCCAACUAUUUGGGCAAAACGCCGAGUGCGUCUAACAUGUGGACCUGGGACUCCUGCAGCCGAGAGACCUGAGCAUGAGGAAGAGCCGACACCGCGCAAAUAUGGGACUUCCUGUGCUUUUCACAUGGCUUGUAUUCACAGUGGUGGUGCCUGCCUGGCUGCUUGCUGCUGCUCCCAGCAGCAUCCGCGAGCGUCCCUGCCCCCAGAGCUGCAGAUGUGAUGGGAAAAUAAUAUACUGCGAAUCCAAUGCCUUCCGUGACGUGCCAAACAAUGUCUCUGUGGGCACACAAGGCCUGUCGCUGCGCUACAACAGCUUGGCGAACCUCCGAGCUCACCAGUUCGCAGGCCUGAGUCAACUGGUUUGGCUCUACCUUGACCACAACUACAUCAGUGCUGUGGACGGACAGGCUUUCCACGGGAUACGACGGCUGAAAGAACUGAUUCUCAGCUCCAACAAGAUCACACUGCUGAAAAACAACACUUUCCACGACGUCCCGAAUUUACGCAAUCUUGAUCUUUCCUACAAUAAGCUACAGGUUCUGCAGCCUAAUCAGUUUGUGGGCCUGCGGAAACUGCUGAGUUUACACUUGAGGUCAAACUCCUUGAAAACAGUCCCAAUGCGAGUUUUCCUGGACUGUCGCAACCUGGAGUUUCUUGACAUUGGCUACAACAGGCUGAGGAGCCUCACACGUAACGCUUUCGCCGGACUCCUGAAGCUCAUAGAGCUUCAUCUGGAGCACAAUCAGUUUUCAAAGAUAAACUUUGCUCAUUUCCCACGCUUGACGAACUUGAGGGCGCUCUAUCUCCAGUGGAACCGUAUCAAAGUGCUAACCCAGGGCCUGCCGUGGAUGUGGACUUCUUUGCAAAAGCUGGACCUUUCGGGAAAUGAGCUUCAGGUUUUGGAUCCGGAAACAUUUCAAUGCCUGCCCAAUCUGCAGACUCUCAACCUGGACUCCAACAAACUCAGCAACGUCUCGCAGCAGACGGUGGAGACCUGGAUCUCACUCACCACCAUCAGCCUGGCUGGGAACCUGUGGUACUGUAACCUCAAUAUAUGUCCCCUGGUGGCCUGGCUCAAGGCCUUCAAGGGUAACAAGGAGUCUACGAUGAUUUGUGCCAGUCCGAAGGAGGCUCAAGGUGAGAAAGUAACUGAUGUAUUGGACACUUACAAUAUCUGUACAGCAACGCCGGCCCCCGUCCCCUCCACCACGUCACCACUCACAUCCACCCUCCAGCCUGAGCGGGUCCCCCUGCCCACGCAGCCCACAGUGGAUAAAACGCAGACCUGGAACAGGACAGCCUCCCCGACUCCGUCUGAGGCCUCCCCCACCAUCCCCCUGCCCGACACUGAGUAUGUGUCCUUCCACAAGAUCAUCGCUGGCAGUGUGGCCCUCUUCUUAUCAGUGGCUAUAAUUCUGCUGGUUAUCUAUGUCUCAUGGAAGCGCUAUCCCAGCAGCAUCAAGCAGCUCCAGCAGCGCUCAGCUGUUAAAAAGCGGCAGAAAAAAGCUCGGGAGACUGAGCGCUCCCUUAAUUCACCACUGCAAGAGUACUAUGUGGACUACAAGCCUUCACACUCAGAGACUAUGGAUGUGCUGGUUAAUGGGACAGGACCUUACACAUACACCAUCUCAGGCUCCAGGGAAUGCGAGAUUCCGCGGCAGCUGAGCGCUCUGGCACUGUACAGGUGUGAGCAGUCGGUUCUGGACUACUGCCAUGCCCACCUGUCGCUGCACCUCAAUGUGGGCGUGGAGCCCUCCACUCAGGCGCUGGGAGGUCCGGGCCGAGGCCGAGCCUCGUACCACCCGGGCCCGGUGGCUGCCCUCCCCUCCGAGCCUGCGCUGCCUUGCCCCCGGACCCUCUCCCACCGCCCGUGAGCCGAGACGCUCCAUCUCCAGA